AGUAGCAAACAUCGGCCAUGUAUUUUGUAUCGGCCAGUUUGUAGAAGAGAUCGGCCACCAAAAUAAAAUGAAUAUUUAAAAAUUAUUCGCUAUAUUUUACCAAUUAUCUGAUGUCUAGUAUAUCGCGUUUGUUCAUGGGUAAUCUUCUGAAUUGAUUUUUUCGUCGAUUUUUUUAAGAAAAUAUAAUUACUUAACCCAUUAAUUGAGUCACUGUAUCAGAGUCUUAAUCAAAAUGCAGCCAUUUCUCAAAUUCUUAUGAUCUUAUAACAAGAAUUUCACUGACACAAAAUAGGGCAUUAUAUUUCAUUAAAAUGAUUUACAAAUUUGUCUGAUUAAAAAAAAUAUAGCUCAAUUAUUCUGCUUUUAGUAUCAGAAUGCUUUUUAAUUAAGUCCCCACGUAUAAUUACAAAUAAAUUAUUAAUUGAGAACAAGUACAUUUUCUUCCAAGUGUAGAUCUCAUCGGCCACUUGUCUCCGUGGCGAUUUUUCGACCCAGCAUGCUCAUCGAAUUUCGAUGUCAUUCCCGGAGUCAGUAUAGGUUAUGUUUUCAAUGUCAAAAAAGAACUUUCCCAGUGUGAAUAUUGUGUUUUAUUGAUGUUAAACAACUACAAGGAUGCCUAAGAAACUUGGAUAUUCAGAGGAAGCUCUGAAAAAUGCGCUGGAUGCCGUGAAGGCUGGUGAGUCCUCUCGAAAAGCAUCCGCAAAGUACGGCGUGCCCAAGUCGACCCUGAAUGACAAACUCUCAGGAAAACAAGCAGAAGAAAAAUUCAUUGGCAAACCUGUACUGGGUCAAGAAAAAGAAUCUCAACUUGUGGAAUGGAUUGUGAAACGAGCCGAAUCCGGAUUUCCUGUCGUUAAAUCCGAGCUCCAGGAUACGAUCAGGAUUAUGUUGAAAAAUGAAAAGAUGAAGGCUCCCUUCACUAACAGUCGCCCUGGAAGGUUCUGGUUUAAAGGGUUUUUAAGAAGAAAUCCAGAAGUUUCUCUCCGAGUGGUCCAGAAUUUAACCGAAAGGCGGGCAAAAAUAACAAAGGAAAACUUGGAUUCGUGGUUUCUGGAGGUUCGUGAAUACCUUACGAGCAAGGGGCUCACGGAAAUUGCGCCAAACCGCAUCUUUAAUUGUGAUGAGUCGGGAUUUGCAAUGUCUCCAAAGGGAGCAAAAGUGUUGGCAAAGAAAGGAGCCAAGUCAGUCCAUGGAGUUUCUUAUGCAAAUGAUCAUGAGAAUAUUACUUGCCUAUUUAUGGCAUCCGCUGACGGAGACAUGCCACCUCCUCUAGUGCUUUUCUCAUAUAAAAGAGUGCCUGGACUUUUGGCCAAAACUGCUCCUGAUGGUUGGGCAAUUGGCAGUUCGAAUAAGGGAUGGAUGACGGGAGAAUGUUUUUACGAGUACAUCGUAAAUACAUUUUAUCCAUGGCUGAUUAAGAACAAAGUUCAACUUCCAGUGGUAUUGUACGUAGACGGGCACAAAUCUCACCUGACAUUACCACUAAGUGAGUUCUGUUCUAAUCACGGUAUUGAGGUAUGUUCAAUUAAUUUCUUUAAAUUAUCUGAAAUAAUUCUAAUAGAUUCUUUUUUAGAUUAUUGUGCUUUUUCCAAAUGCUACCCAUGUCAUCCAGCCCCUUGAUGUUGGGUAUUUUUUCCCGUUAAAGGCGGCAUGGUCCAAAGGGUGUGGGAGGUGGCAAUUGGCACAUCCUAGAGAGAGAUUUAACCGUCCACACUUCAUCCCUACUUUAGACAAAGCCAUAAGAUCUCUAAGGAACAAGGAAAUUUUAAGAAAUGCUUUUCGACGUUGCGGUCUCUAUCCUUUCAAUCCGCAAGCAAUAGAUACAGGAAAAAUUGUUGCAGAACCUAGAACAGUGACACGCUCAGUCGAUGAUUCCUCUUCUAAGUACCCUGAAGUUGUAUGUCCUAUUUUGAAGGUAAUGAAGAACUUCAUACCUGACGAGGUUGUGCAGCAAUUUCAGCAGGCUGAGUUUCACAUUUGGGAUGGAUCUCCCAAAUACAGCGCCCUAUUCUCGGCGUGGCAAAAAAUUAAAUACGAGCUGGAAUCUGUUAGAGAGCCCAUAAACGUAACCGAAGACGAGAUUAACAAGUCUGAAGAAUUCAUUCUACUAGACAAUGAGGAGUCACCCGUGUUCGUAGAGACAGCAGAAAUCUUAGAGCCAAUAAACUUCCCGGCAGAGUCUGUGGAAACUUUCUCAGAACCCGCGCAAGAUUUGCUAGAGCCAACACAAGUCAAAGAAUUUUUGGAUCCCGAGCUUUCCACGGAAUCUGACGCGAAUAGAGUGCUAGAGAAGGAAUCCUCAACUCAAGCUCAAAAUCUCUUUCAGAACAUUCUAUUUUGGCCCAAGCCAAUACUGGACACAAAUACGACCAAAAAGAAAAAAGAAAGGCUGCCUAUUGCUGUUACCUCAGAAAAGUGGAAAGCAUACUUCAGAGACAAAGAGUUGGAGAAAGAAAAUGCAGAACAGGAAAAACAGCAAAAAAAAGACGAAAGAGAAAAAAAGAGAAUUGAGAAAAUUUAAAAAAAAAAGAAGAAAGAAAAGGAAGAAAAAAAUCUAAAAAGAAAAUUUCAGAAAGGUGACGAAUUGAAGGCAAAGAAAAGACGAAAAAUUUGAAUUUACUUUUGGUAGUUUCAAGGCACUAAAAAAAUGAA